AUGUCUUCCCCACCUCUCCCACAAAUCAAAGGUAUCCUCUUCGACAUGGACGGGCUCUUGAUCGAUUCCGAACGUAUCUACACCCAAGUCUCGAACCAAGUCCUCGCUCCGUACGGUAAAGAACUGACCUGGGAGAUCAAAGCUGGGAUCAUGGGACGGCCCGCUUUGGACGCAGCGACCUAUCUCGUCAAAGCGACGGGGAUGGAGCUGGAACCGCAAGUCUUGUUGGAGUUGAUGGAUGCCAAGGUGCAGGAGGCGUUUGCAAAGGUACAACCUUUGCCGGGGGCGGUCAAGUUGGUCAGUUGAGGUGACUGCGAAUUGGCGUCCUGAAUUGAGUGGUGAUGAAGGAGCUGAUUCGUGCGCUCGUCAACCUGGCAGGUGCAACAUCUUGAAAAGCACGGUAUUCCCAUCGCUGCAAGUCACUACGCCCUGCAUCUUCCUCCCCGUUCCGUGAAUGUCCACUCAAACCCCACUCUCACCCGUCCCAGAUCGCAACCGGAUCCAAAGCCAAAAACAUGGCCAUCAAGUCGACUCAUCUCCCCCACCUCUUCGAACCUUUCCGAACAAGAAUCAUGGUGGGCGAUGAUCCUUGCUUGCAAGGUACGUCAUAUCCUCCCUCUCCGAGAUCGUUCCGAAAAAACCUGAUCUGAUCUUCCGCCCGCAUCCCCCAUCAGGGAAAGGCAAACCCGACCCUACCAUCUUUAUCGAGGCCGCGAAGCGACAUUUGGGCUUUGAUUGCGACGAGUCCAGAUCCAGAGUGUUGGUAUUCGAAGAUGGACCACCGGGGGUCAGAGCAGCGAAAUCUGCUGGGAUGCCAGGUCAGUUCCAGAGUUUGACGAACAAAGUGCUCUACGAACUUUCGGGGUGGGUAGAACUUGAUCUUUCCCUUUUUUCUUUGACCUGGCAGUGGUCUGGGUCCCCGAUCCGCAAUUACUCAAAACGAUGGGUGAUCACGACCUAGACCCGACGCAGAUCCUCAACUCGUUGGUAGAUUUCGUCCCUGAAGAAUGGGGGUUACCUCCUUAUUGA